AUCGUGAUUUGCGUAGUACAUUUUAGUGGCGGAACAUGAAGAGGGAGAUAGCUAGAUUUGUCUCACAAUGCCUGACUUGCCAAAAAGUCAAGACUGAACACUAGAGACUUCCUCAGAAACUGCAGCCUUUACCUAUUCCCUAGUGGAAGUAGGAAAACAUCACCAUGGAUUUUGUGACCGGUUUACCACGAACCGUAAAGGGUAAUGAUUCCAUCUGGGUCAUCAUUGAUCGAUUGACCAAAUCAGCUCACUUUUUACCCUACCGGACUAGCACCUCCAUUGAAAAGCUUGCCAAUAUGUACAUGGAUGAAGUAGUCAAGCUACAUGGAGUCCUUGUGUCUAUUGUGUCAGAUAGAGAUACUAGAUUUUUAUCUCAUUUCUGGACAAGUUUACAGCAAGCACUCGGUACUCAAUUGAAUUUCAACACGGCCUUCCAUCCUCAAACUGAUGGGCAAUCUGAGAGAACUAUCCAGAUACUUGAGGACAUGUUGAGGGCUUGUGUUCUAGAUUGGAAGGGUUCGUGGGAUCAACACUUAUCCACAGUUGAGUUUGCAUAUAAUAACAGUUAUCAAUCCAGCAUCCGCAUGGCACCGUUUGAGGCUUUGUAUGGUCGAAGGUGUAGAUCACCUGUUUAUUGGACAGAAGUGGGCGAAAGGAGCAUUUUAGGCCCAGAAUUGGUGCAGCAAUCUUCUGAGAUUGUGCAGUUGAUCAAGGAACGCCUUCGUGCUGCACAAAGCAGGCAGAAAAGCUAUGCGGAUAGAAGGACACGAGACCUUGAGUAUAUUGGACCGUAUCCUAUCUUGGAAAGGAUUGGUGAGGUAGCUUAUAAAUUGGAGUUGCCUGGAAAUUUAGCGGGUGUUCAUAAUGUGUUUCACGUGUCCUUACUUCGGAAGUAUGUUCCCAACCCGAGUCACAUCAUUAAUCCCGAACCAAUUCAACUCUGGGAGGAUCUCACUUAUGACGAGCACUCGAUCCGCAAUUUAGAUUUCAACGAGAGGAUAAUGCAGAGAAGGACCAUUCGUUUUGUUAAGGUCCGCUGGGAUAACCAUACGGUUGAAAAAGCUACUUGGGAGUUGGAAUCCAAGAUGAGGCAGGAACAUCCACAGCUCUUCCAAGAUUGAGCCAUUUUCGCGUGUCUGCUGUGUCUCUUUUUCUCCUCUGCAGCCGGGAAUGAGCCCAGCCAUCACCGACGCCUCCACUUGAAAAAUUGAAAAUUUUCCAGAUCUGCUGUCUUCUUCCUCCUCUGCUGCUGGCUGCUGCUGGGGUGAACUCAGGUUUUUCCUGUGGUCCCGUGGAAGCCUCCCCAAUUUCCGCCAGCUCUUCCCCCCCAUACCCACCAGCUCCAACCUUGCUUGCUGAGGAUUUCUGGUAGGUUGGCUCCCCUAAUCUCCGAAAAAUUGGUUGAUUAAGUGCUAAUUUGUGAGUUUAAUUGGUUGUAUGAAUGCUGGAUGUCCGAAAAUCUGCUGGGAAGAGGGGAUUGAUUUCCGGUAGCUUUGCAAUGAGUUUUUAAGUCUAAUUAUGUAGGAAAUCCUUUCAUUUGGCUGCUGUGAUGUUGUAUGAAAGAAAAAGAGAAAAUCCUGUGACUUGCCCAUUUUUUUGUCAAGCCGGUUCUCCCAUUUCCUGUCCAUGAAUUUGGGAAAAAUUGUAUAUGUGUAACUAUGUAUAUAUAUAUACAUAAAUGCACAAUCUAAUGUUGUGUGCUCAAAUUUUGGAUAGCAGAAAAAUAAAAAUAAAAACAAAUAAAGAAAUAAAAUUUCUUUAUAGAUAUUAAUUUGGAAAUAUUGUGAUUAGGUUCUUUAUCGUCCUGUGACCCUGGCAUUUGGAUUAAGCCUUCUGUCUUGUGCAAUUAAGGUAGUGAGACCUGACGCAUGGGGAGCCCGGGGGAGUGACGAGCUAGACGGCUAAGCAUUUUUUGGACUUAGGUUUUUGUAGCUAGGUCGUUAGUCACCCAUGCUGACUUAGAAAUUUUUGUGUACAGAACCCCAUUAGUAUAGAAAUGACUGUAUAAAUGAAGUUAUAAAUCUUUGUAUAUUUU